GAUGGAAAAGCAGAAAGGCGCAGGGCAUUCUGUGCACUGCUGCCACCUCUCCAGACUGUCCUGCUGUCCACCUGUGCAGGAUAAUCUCCAUCCAUGCAGCAGUCAGGACACACAUCACCAGCUUUCCGUGCAGAUUUCUUAAGGAUGAGCUUCAGUUUAAGAGAGAUGGACAAGGGUCUAAGCUGUGAUCAGCAUCUGUCAGCUUUUGGGAUGCAUCUACUUUGUUUUUAGACUUCCUUUCUGACGGAUAACAUCUAUUUUUUAUUAAUGCACAUGGUGGAAUGUGUUGUACUUUUUUUCUGGAUGGGGAACUGAAGAUUUUAAUUGCUGUGAUCGCUCGUUGGUUGCUUGUUGUGGAGGUGUGGAGCAGCCAGUAGAGUGAAGCACGUUUGUUCAGCUUAAACGUGCUCUGGUGCAUGUACUGCAUUUCUCCAGACAUGCACCGCUUUUCGCCAUAGGUUUCAACUGCUGUUGAACUCCAUCUUCCCCCACCCAUCUUUGGCUACUUCAUCUUUGACAUGCACAUUAAGGCAGGAAUUCACUGAGGAGACAAGCUCAGGAAAACAUUCCUGUCUAAAAGAUGAGAGCAAUUGCCCUCAGUGGAUCUCCUGCCAAUCACUGGGAAUACGAGCAGAGGGUCUGGCCAGAGGGCACAGGGUAGAGAGGACAGGAAGAGACCGAGGACCACUCAUCCCGACUGGGUUCUGCCGAGCUGCCGAUGCUGCCAGUACUAAAUAAGAAGGAGGCUGCUGGUGCCGGAGGAAGGCGGGGGGAGGGUGAACACUGCCUCAGUGUGAAAUUAUAACACUCAGCUCUGAGAGUGUUUGUUUCUCUGUCGUUUUACCUCUCACUAAUUAAUCUGGAGAUGCGAGGUAACGAACAGUGGCCUACUUAAGAACUGUCACCCUGUAUACCCUUUGCAGUUUGGCACUUUUGGGCCACAUCAGCAGUAAAUUUAGCACUUUAGAAAAGCAGAGGCCCAGAGUUGGGAGUUUACCUUUGCAGUGACAGGACUUCCUUCCACCAACAGGUCACUCUACUCAACAUCGUGUGUUUGUGUAGGUGUGUGUUAGUCCAAUCGUUACUCAACAGAAUAGGGAAGUCAAGUGACUCUGUGGUUAAUAUAUUGCACCUAAUUAUAUUUUGUAUGUAUUAUUAAACCAAAUGCCAUGUUCUUAAUUAAUAUAUCCUAUAAAGAAUAAUUGUAUGGGAUGCUUGUAGGGUAUUAAACAUAAAUAUCCAAAAAUCUUGAAGGAGCCCUGAUUCUAGGUGCCUUUGUGUUAGAGGAUAAUUUUUUAUCCACUUGCCUAUUUGUCCAUGAAAGAUUUAAAGGUCAUGGACUAAUUUAUUUAUACAUUUUGCACCUUGGAAGCAUAUAGCUUUUGUAGUGGAAAUGCUUUUUCUUUGCUCUGCUUCACUAUAAGAUCCCACGACCCCGCUUUUUUAGGCUGACUUUUUGAGCAAUAAUUUUUUGUGUGGAACUUUUGUAAAUGGCCUUAUAAACCCACUGGAAGAUCUUUCAGCUGCUUCAUCACACCGGACUGUGUUUCACAACACCUGUUGGCAGGUGCUGAUUGCAGGAACGUUGAGGUAUUUACAAGACGUCUGUAUCACUGUGUGCUUUCGGAGCUCAGAACACGUGUCAACACUUGACGGGAUGUGACACAAUCCAGUGAACUACAGAAGUACUAAGCUGAUGUAUAGAUAUGCAAAGAAAUUGAAAUCCUCUUCUGGCACCAGCUGUUAACAGAGGGGUCCCAUGCAGUAAGGUGGAAGCAAACUGUCCUUACAAGUUUGGACUAAAAGCACAAGAGCACCGUCUGAUCUAGAUCAUCGUGCCCGGAGGAAGAGCAUAGCCACUGGGAAGCAACCCAGCAUGGAGGUCCCUCCCACUGCCCCCCUUCAACCUUUCCGACAAUCCAGUUUCCUCAGUAAGAGGUUGAAGGGUUCCAUCAAGAGGGCCAAGAGUCAGCCGAAACUGGACCGAACGAGCAGUUUUCGCCAAAUGAUCCUCCCCCGCUUCCGCAGUGCUGAUCAAGACAGGACCCGUUUGAUGCAGAGCUUCAAAGAGUCCCACUCCCAUGAGUCCUUGCUGUCUCCCAGCAGCGCUGCCGAGGCACUGGACCUCACUCUGGACGAGGACGCCAUCAUCAAACCUGUCCACUCCAGCAUCCUGGGACAGGAGUACUGUUUUGAGGUGACAACGGCGUCAGGAACCAAGUGCUUUGCGUGUCGCUCAGCCGCAGAGAGAGACAAAUGGAUCGAGAACCUGCAGAGAGCUGUCAAGCCCAACAAGGACAACAGCCGGAGGGUGGACAAUGUGCUCAAACUGUGGAUAAUCGAAGCCCGCGAACUCCCAGCUAAGAAGCGCUACUACUGCGAGCUGUGCCUGGACGACAUGCUGUACGCCCGCACCACCAGCAAGCCCCGUACCGACACCGUUUUCUGGGGCGAGCACUUUGAGUUCAACAACCUUCCGGCCGUCCGCAACCUUCGCCUUCAUCUGUACAAGGAGACAGACAAGAAGAGACGGAAGGAAAAGAGCACAUACUUAGGAUUGGUCAGCAUCCCCAUCUCAAGCAUCACCGGGCGGCAAUUUGUGGAGCAGUGGUACCCUGUCAUCCAGCCCAGCGUCCUCACAAAGGGAGCUGGUGUCGGAGGAGGGAAAAUCAUCAACGCAUCGCUACGCCUCAAAUCCCGCUUCCAAACCAUGAACAUCCUACCCAUGGAGCUGUACAAAGAGUUCGCAGAGUACGUCACCAACAACUACCGCACUCUGUGUGCCGUGCUGGAGCCUGUGCUGAGUGUGAAGAGCAAAGAGGAGGUGGCCUGUGCUUUGGUGCAUAUCCUGCAAAGCACAGGCAAGGCAAAGGAUUUCCUGUCUGACAUGGCAAUGUGUGAGGUAGACAGAUUUAUUGACCGAGAACACCUUAUAUUCAGAGAGAACACUCUGGCCACCAAAGCCAUAGAAGAGUACCUCAAACUGAUUGGACAUAAGUACCUCAAGGAUGCUAUUGGGGAGUUCAUAAGGGCCUUGUAUGAGUCAGAGGAAAAUUGUGAAGUGGAUCCUAUGAGAAUACCACCCUCUGUUCUACCAGACCACCAAGCCAAUCUUCGAAUGUGCUGUGAACUGGCACUCUGUAAAAUCGUUAAUUCCCAUUGUGUAUUCCCCCGUGAGCUAAAGGAAGUUUUUGCGUCCUGGAGAGUGCGUUGUGCCGAGAGGGGUCGGGAGGAUAUUGCUGACCGUCUCAUCAGUGGCUCACUCUUCCUGCGCUUCCUGUGUCCUGCCAUCAUGUCCCCAUCACUCUUCAACCUCACCCAGGAGUAUCCCGAUGAGCAGACGUCACGCACUCUCACCCUUAUUGCUAAAGUAGUGCAAAACCUGGCGAACUUCUCCAAGUUUGGCAGUAAAGAGGAGUAUAUGUGUUUCAUGAAUGAGUUUUUAGAGAUGGAGUGGGGCUCCAUGCAGCAGUUCCUGUAUGAGAUCUCCAACCUGGACAGUGUCAGCAAUGCAGGCGGCUUUGAGGGAUACAUUGAUCUGGGCAGGGAGCUGUCCAUCCUGCACAGCCUCCUGUGGGAGGUCAUGGCUCAGCUCAGCAAGGAUGCCAUCAUCAAACUGGGUCCUUUGCCCCGCCUCCUGAAUGACAUCAGCAUGGCGUUGCGUAACCCUCACCUCCAGAGGCAGCCGAGCCACCAGACAGGCAGGGUGCAGGACAGACAGACGGACAGGCUGCUGUCUCGACCAAGCUUCAACCGAGGCAUCUCUUCAGAGUUCCAGAAUCUCAUGAUGAGGGACCUAAACAGCUCCAUAGAUAUCACUCGUUUGCCUUCCCCUACCUCCACUGGAGGAGUCAUGCCAUCACGGUCCCAGCUGAGUUUUCAGGACCGCGAUCACCCUCAUCAAGCCUCCAAAGACAUGUUUUACGUUUCACGGCCCCCCCUGGCCCGAUCCAGCCCAGCGUACUGUACGAGCAGCUCGGACAUCACGGAACCAGAUGCUAAGGAUUCCCGAAUGAACAGCCUGUCUAACCUGCAGUCGGUGGACAUGCUCAACUCCUCCCAGGCCUCCAUCGCCGGUAUGGGCAGCUUCGGUGGGCUGAGCAGCGGAGGCGGUGGCGGCCUGGGGUCGGGCCUGAGCAACCAGCUGCGGGCCGGUGGGCGGUUGUCAGCUGGCUCCGGCGGCUCCAGCAUGUCAGGUGGCCUCCGGCUGAGCCAGCUGAGCCAGAUGGGCACCACCACCGACUCGCUAUCCCAGCAGCAGCAACACCAGGCCGCCGCCAUGCGCUACCCGCUUUCCUUCCAGAAUCCCCUCUUUCAUCUGGCGACGGCUGACGGGCCACAACAACAGCUCCAUCACCAGCACAGCCGGGCUCAACCCCCAGCACCCCUGCUCCUGGCCCCUGAACCCGAGCCCUCUCAUCAGACCUACAUCCCACAGUUUGCCCACGGGGGAUUCUCUCGCAGUGAGGAUCUGUCUACCCUCAGGACCAGGGACGGUCACCUGGGCCAGCCCAGCAUAAUCCACUCGCACAGCUACAGUGACGACUACAGCAGGGCUGACUACGGACGCAGGCAAAUCCCCAUGCAUAUGCAGGACAACCUUCAACAGCAACAAGAAAUGAUGGGAAUGGCCUCCCAGACAGGAACGUCCCACUCUUCCCUGGCCACCACACCUCCUUCCACAGUUCAACCUAUGCGCCAGAGUUCUGUUGCUCCACCUCCCAGCCAACGUGUCAAGUCCCAGACUUCCCACCAGCUAUCCGUCAGUGCAGCAGCUGCACCCGCCACCUCUGGAAAAACCCGUCCGCAGAGCGGAAACCUCCUCCAGUCUCCAGAGUCCAACUAUGGUGGCAGGCAGCAUGGGCCCCGGCAGCUAUCCGUGAAAGACAACACUGCCCCGGGUCUUCCUCACCAGCAGAGCUCUGUCAGGGAAAGUGGGAGUCCACAGGGGACCACCAGUCAGAGCACUCAGCAGUCACCACAGCAGUCUCAACAGCACCUUUUGAAACCCACCAUGAGUAAACAGGGCUCACAGUCACCCACUACCCUCAAUCCCCCGACCCCAGCGAAUGAGCGAACAGUGGCCUGGGUCUCCAACAUGCCUCAUCUGUCAGCUGACAUUGAAAGUUCGCGAAUCGAUCGUGAGGAAUUCAAGCUGAAGGAGUAUUCAAAAAGCAUGGAUGAGUCGCGCAUGGACAGGGUCAAAGAGUACGAGGAGGAAAUUCACUCCUUGAAGGAGCGCCUAGUGAUGUCUCACAGAAAACUUGAGGAGUACGAGAGGAGGCUCCAUUCGCAGGAGCAGCAGACCAAUAAGAUCCUUCUACAGUAUCAAAAUCGUCUCGAGGACAGCGAGAGGAGGCUACAACAACAGCAACUGGAGAAAGACUCCCAAAUUAAAGGAAUAAUUAACAGACUCAUGGCUGUGGAAGAUGAAAUAAGGGGAGGAGCCAUUUAUGAGCCAAAAACCAGGAUUUUCGCUGAUCAGGAGGACCAGCUUUCCUCCCUGGGUUCAGCAGACCCCGGUGUGAAAACUGAAGGUGGAGGGGGAGGUAGAGGAGGAGGAGGAAAACAAGAAGGAGCGGUAACCAACGACCAAGGCCCCCGAAACUCUUCCUCUGGCAUUUUCUCCAACACAUCACCCCACAAUGGAGUCGUACCCCAAAUUGUAGACCUUCCCUCCUCACCCACUCCUGAUUCGCAACCUAGUCAGAAUGAAGAGCUUCGUGGCAAUCUAAAGACAGCUUCACAGGCAACUGGAACCACAGCAACGGCAACUACAGGAAUUACAGAUUUAAGGGGGGAGUAGGUCAAACACAACAAUGAGGAUCCAAAUCAGAGAGAGAUGGCACAAAGGAAAAUACAUUUCCCCCAUCCCUGUUUUGUUUCCAUUUUAUAGAAAAAAAGGCACUUUCUUGGAAACAUACAUGUGUCUUUACGACACGGGCAAGAGAGAGAAGAACACUGUGAGGGAGAAAAAUAAUAACGACACUGUAUAGUGCAUAACACAUUAACACAAAGGGCUCUUCAAUAGACUUGAUGCUCACAGGGAGCUUCAGACAGUAUCAUUCUUGCAGGACAAGACAAUGAUACUUUAUCACCUACUUUAAGUCUGGCAAACAAACCAACCUGCUCUUUGAAUUCAUUGCCUCUCUUUGACUCCAUCACAUACGGAUCAAGCACUCAACACUUGCACCCCAAAGACUUCAGAGUAGCCUUUAAUGAGGGAGCGAUACAAGCUGUAAACAACUACGUAUCCCAUGGACCAGCAGUGCCUUUUAAAAGUAUCCAUAUCCCUUGAACCUUUUCACAUUUCGUCUUGUUACAAUAGCAAACCUAUAUGUAUUUUACUGGAAUGUUAUGUGAACAACACAAAGUUGUGCAUAAUUGUGAAGUAGAAGGAAUAGUAGAAGGAAUGGUUUUAUCUCAGGCCCAGUCAGCUUGGACCGAGAGCAUCUGUAAAAGUCAGUAUUCAUGUCUUAUCACAGAUUUAAGUUUGAACUUUGACUAGGCCAUUCAAACACAUGGAUAUGCUUUGAUCUAAACCAUUCCAUCGUAGGUCUGGCUGGAUGUUUAGAAUCACAGUUUUGUUGGAAGGUGGACAUUUGCCCCAGUCCCAAGUCUUUAGCAGCAACUUUCAGGCUUUUUUUUAGUAUUGGCCUAUAUUUAGCUCCACUCAUCUUCCCAUCAACUCUGACCAGCCUUAAUGUCACUGCUGAACAAAAGCAUCCUCACAGCAUGAUGCUUCCACCACCAUUUGUCCUCACUGUGAGGGUGUGGUCAAGGUGAUGUACAGUGUUCACUUUCUGCCACACGAAGCAUUUCGCAUGUUGACCAAGUUAAAAUUUAGUCUCACUUGAUCAGAGCACAUAAUACCAAAAGGCUUGCUGUGUCCCUAACAUAGUUCCUGGCAAAUUACAAACGGGACGUUCUUCUCUUUAAAAAAAAACGAUGUUGCCACUCUUCCAUAAAGGCCAGAUUUGUCAGCUGCAUGCAGCUCCUCCAGAUUUACAAAGGACUUGUCAACUGCUUUUUUGUUUAAGGCUGCUCUCCUAACCUGUCAGUUUAGGUAGAUGUCCAUGUCUUAGUAGGUCUGUAGGUGUGCCAAACUCUUUCCUUUUUCAGAGGAUGGGUUGAACAGUCCCCUGUGAGAUGUUUAAAGCUUGGGAUAUUGUUUUAGAACUUAACCCUGUUUUAAAUGUCUCCCUGACCUGUCUGCUGUGGUCUGUAGUCUUCAUGAUGCUGUUUGUCACAUAAUGUUCUCUAACAAACCUCUGAAGACUUCACAGAACAUCUGGAUUUAUAGUGAGAUUAAAUUACUCACAGGUGAACUCUACUAAUUAUGUGACAUUUAAAGUUAACUGGUUGCACUGGGCUUUAUUUUGGAUUGUUAUUUUUGUUAAAAGGCUUUAAUACCACAAAUCUUCAGUUUCACAAUUAUACUCUUCUUUGUGUUGGUCUAUCACAUAAAAUCCCAAUGCCAUUCAUUGAGUUUUGUGGUUGUAACAUGUCAAAAUGUAAAAAAGUACAAGGAGUAUGAAUAUGUUUGCAAGGUACUGAAGGAGCAUCCAUAUCCUGAACAUCCCAGGCUGCAGUGUUUUACAGAAGAGAAGUGAUGAUGAACUCUGGCUUUUUCCUAGUGCCUUUGAGAGUUGUUCAACAGGGUUUAACUAUAGAUGGACACAUCUGCAUCCAUCUUAGCUUUGUUAGAUGGAGAAUUCAGUUAUGGCCUGAAAGGGUCAUAAGGGUUUGAGUUGCAGGAAAAAGAAAACAUUUUGGGGAACUUUUGUUGUGCAUUCUUCAAUCAAAGGGACUACUUGUUUUCGGACUGAGCUCGUGCAAUUUUUCUCUUCUCAAUCUCAGAACUGAUACAUGAUAAACUGGUGCUAAACAGAAACAAAUGGUGCCAUUUUACCAAGUGAGCUGUCUGUGUGUCUGCCAUACCACUGCCUCGCUGUCUUUUCUCCUCCUCCUGCAGUUUGUCUUUGACAAGACAUUUCCCCCUAAACAUGUUCUUGAUGUGCCUCUGUCUCUGUUAUCUGUGCAUCCUGUUUUGCUCUUUUUUCAAAUGGGGUUGUUUUCCCUUUCUCUAGAAGUGCACUAUUUCAAUUUCUGGUUGAAUUUACAGUUUUCAAAAGCAACUGCUUCAUUUAGAAUAGAAAAAUUAGCUUACAGACAAAUUAUUUUAUUUUAUUUUGCAGCAAAGGAUCAAUUAAUUCCCUUUGAGUGACAUAACUCUAAUUUUCUACAACUUCUCCUCAAACUGCUUCUCUAAGUGCAAAUAAAAUCCAGUGAAUGUUGAUGGUUAUUCAGUGGAAUGUAUUAAAUAAUAUUUUUCCAUACAAACAGAUCAUUUAUAACAACAUAGAUUGUCUUAGACCAGCCAUUAAGUGCCUGAGAUAAAUGUGCUUAGACAAGCUCAACCAAAGGGUUGAUUAUAUUUCACCCACAUUUAAAGAAAAAUACUUUAAAAUGUUCUUUAUUUUAAUCAGAUUUGUUCAUUUAAAAGAAAGAAAAUCUGAAGUUUAUUUUAUGGUAACAAUAGUAGAAUAACUUGAUGUGAUUUUGAGAAUAAAUGUUGUUUCAUAUGUUUAAAAUUCCUAAAAGCACUAUUCUUUGAAGUGUUUCUAACAUGCAUUCAUAUUCAUUUUCAUUUUGAACUGUAUGUUGUAAGGUUUAUGUGUUGUCCCAGUCUGCAUCACAUUCUGUUUAAAUGUGCCGUGUGACGCGAGAGAAGGUCAGAUGAAAUAGUUUAGAUUCAUUCUAAAACCAGGGAAUGUUAAACCAAAACUUAAUUACAUUAGCAGUCUUAACACAGGGACAUGUAGGGCUACUUUAUCCUUUCAUUGUGAAAUCUACCUGUGUCAUGAAUGAUCCGUGACCUGAAGUAACAUUGCUGUGAAAAUACCUCAGUGACUCAGGUAAACAAGCAGUUGCCUCAGAGCUGAACACUAACACAUACAAAUAAAACACAGGAUGAGUCCAGCUUUCGAGAGACUGCCACUGAGCAGAUGCUCGCUCAAUAUCUAUGCUUUAACAGCACCUGAUCAAGCACCUCUGCCCCGUUUCUUCUCUCUCUGUGUCUCCCCUUGUUUUUCUCCCCCUUCUAGCCACUCUCAAAGCUUCAUGGAGGACAAUGUGGAACGUAAUUGGCUGAUGCACCAUCGGCAGUCUUCGGGGUGGCAUGGCCAAAUGUCCAGAGCCCUCUCUCGUGAUGCGAUUGGCUGACAAAGGGAGAACUUGGGCCGUUGGUCCUAUUCUCUUGUCUCUAGGGAUGGUGCAAACCCCCAGCGGACCAUGUAAGGAAAUGCUGGGAUUUCUUCCUUUUUUCAUUUUACUUGGGCCCUCUCUCUCUCUGAUUUGACAAAGGGAUUGAAAAAAUGUUUUUGACGCCUCACUGUUGGAUCCAUAUUUCACCUAUUAAAGAUGGGCUGGACAUAUUUUGGUGUUUGUAAGCCAGCCGAGCAUGCAAAGAACAGCUAUGCAGUCUGAUCAAUCAGCAGGACGGAGGAACGCACAGGCCAAGGACAGCAUGGUUCUCACAUUAACAGAGAGACCUAAAGUGUAAUUCAAAGGUGCUUGACUUUUCUUAUUAUUUCAGUCAAAGCUGACUCAUAUUUAAACCUUGUAUUUCUCUCUCCCUAGCUCUAUUAUUACAAAUUUUGGUUGUUCUUUGUUCAAACUUUAUCUCACUUUAAUAUUUUCCUUGAUUUUUGACAGACUAUGUUUUAGCUCUUCCUUUCAGUUGGAAUCCCCUUUUUGGAGUUUGAUUUUAAAGGAAACUAAAUAUGCACAGCCUAUUUCAAAAACUGAUGAGGAACAAAUCUCUUGCCUCGAAGAUGACUGGAAAAACUGCGCAGAAUGUUAUUUAUAUUUCUAUAACGGAUUACUCUUAUUAUAGUAUUUAAGGAAAACGAAACUCUUCAUCAGACAUCCUUUGGAGGAGAUAUUUAUUUCUUGAUAAAAAUCCAAUGGAGUGAUCCAUUUUAUAUGAAGGGAAUUUUCAUACUAAGACAAUCUUAAUGAGAACAAUGUUGCUCUAAAGCACUGAGGGACAAACUUGUGUUCAACCUACUCCCCCUAUAUGACAGUUUGCACGUUGCUGUGACCAGCCUGCUCUUUAAAUUUGGGUAUUAAUAUAAAAAAAUAAAAGAAAGACACGUCAGCGGAUGUUUUCUCUCCAACAAUCACCGAAGAGCUCUCCAUUUAUGGACGAUUGAAAAAGCUGUUGGAAAAGGACGUUUGUUUCAUGCUGACUGUGUAUUGUGUAGUUUUACCAGAGCAGGGGGGAAGAACCUGUUGUUUUCAGUGUGCCCAUAUUUCUAGUCGGAUUGUUGUAAAACUAUUCAUUUAUUUCUGCAGCUGGAUUCUACUGACACCAGUCUGACCUGAAAAAAAUCCUUGCCAUUUCUGCCUGACAUGAGAACAGAGAGAUAUGUUAGAGGUCCUGCUGAAACGAGUGAAUGUGUUUGUACAUACAUAAAUGUAUAAAUGUGCGUGUGUGUCAGCUAAAUCUUGUGUAUAUAAUUGGAUAUGUGUGUGUAUAUAUGGUAUGUCUGUGUGUAUAUAGUUUGUUUGUACAUGCAGAGUGUACAGUUAUUUUUUCCUCUAAUGUUUCUCUCUCUUUGUAUGACUAGGUCUUCUCAAGUUCCAAACACCAAGGCAUGGAAAGGUUUCUACACAUUAUACUAACAGCUUUCAGAGGCACCUUUUACAUGCAGACUUAGAAAUAAGCCAGGCCUGUCACUUUUAGCAAAUUUCUCGAAUAAGAAGCUACUUACCUAAUGUUAAGCUUGCACUCAUUUUCUGACCAACUUAAAAGCUUUACUAGAUACGAUUUGGGUGCGCAGGCAUUGUUUGUACAUAUUAUAGUCAAACCAAGACCUUUUUUUGUUUUUCUGUCCUCUGAAAUCUUCAUUUGCAUUUAUUAAAAAAGUUCUCAAUUUGCUUUGAGUUCUGUCACUUUUGGUUUAUAUGAUAUAUGUUUGAGAGUGGUUGUUACUCAUAGGUAUAUAUUUAAUCUGACAACCCUUAUUUAUGUUUCUUGAAAUUUUGCUUCCCAAAUCCUGCCGCUCAUGGAGCCGCUUAAUGCAGGCAAAUCCGUCCAUGAAAGUAUACUGUUAUUACUUAAAAUUGCUUGUUUUUGUAUAGGUCCUAACUAAAUAAGUGUGCCUCCUCCUUAUACUCUUACUAACCAUAGAUCCAUUUACUCUGCUGGUCACACAUCUUCACACCCUCCUUUACAAGCCAUAGACCCCCGUCCCCCUCAGAUCUCCUAUAUUGUUGUUAUACAGGACAGAACUUUGGGGAUUUUGUGUAUAUUAAUGGAAGAGUGAUGUUGAAGAGUGUUUUGCAGCUAUAUAUGGAUUUGUUAUGAAUGUGGAUAUUCUGCUAGUUGAAUUAUUGUAAUAAUAAUGAUAAGCAUUGCCUCUUUGAUUUUGUUGAUUAAUUCCUAUGAUGCAGUUGAAGAAGAUGACAGUUUCUUUCUUUUCUUUCUUUUUUUGAAUACACUGCAAUUUAUAUUUUUUGGGUGGGUGACAGCGAAGAUAGAAAUACAUAAUUAAAUAAAUAAAUAAAAAAAUAUUUGAAUUCUUA